AUGGUAUUUCAAGAUGAAUCAACAAUGAUUGUUGAAAAAAAAAAUUCUACAAAGAUUUCAUGCUUAGAAAAUAAAUCGCCAUCAUCAUCAUCAAUUCCACAAUGCUUUCAUUCAUCAUGUUCACAUUGUGAUGUUAAUUAUUUAAAAACAAUUAAUUCGGAAAUAAAACAAUUAACAAAUGAAACUGAAUUAUUUAAAUAUUCAUCAAUAGAUAAUAAAAAUCUUCCAUUAUCAUCAUCUUCGAAUAUACCAUUUGAAACACAACGUUUAAAUUUUUAUUCAAUAAUUGAUGAAUGGAAAUCUGAUCGUAUAGAACAUAUAUCAUUUAUAUAUCAAAAGAAAAAAAAUCAAAUUGAUUUAAUAUGUUCUCAAACAUUUCAUGAAUAUGAAACAUUUAAAAUUGAACAAAAAAAUUUAUUAAAUGAAAAUUUAUUAUCGAAUAAUCAUAAUCAUAGUCAUAAUCGAAUAUUAAUACCAAAUGAAAUUGAAGAAUUAAAUCAAAAAUUAUCUUUAACACGUCAUUUACUUGAUUAUUUUAUUCAACCAAAAUUACAUAAUCAAAAUAUAUUUUCUGAUCAAGAUGAUAAUGAUAAUGAUGACGAUGAUGAUGAUGAUGAUGAAUAUAUAAAUUAUGAAGAAAUUUUUAAACAAAAACCAAUUAAUGAAUAUUCAUUAGUAACAGAUAAUCUUGCUAUGGCAUGUUCUAAUUCGAAUAUAUUAUUACGUGAUGGUGCACGUUUAAUAUUAUAUAAUGAAAAAGAAAAACUUCAUCAAUUAGAAAUUAAAGUUCAACAUCCAGGUGAUUUUAUUCGAGAUUUAUGUUGGUGUGAAACAUUAGGCUAUUAUCUUGUAUUAACACAAUAUCUUUUAUUUAUAUAUGAUCCAGUAAAAUAUUCAUUAACUAUUAUUGAUAAAGUUAAACCAAUCGAACGAUCAAAAUUUUCUUCAAUAACUUGUUCAGAUAAUAUUAUGUUUUUAGUUAAUGGUAAUGGACAAUGUGUUGAACGAUGGUCUAUAUCAAAAAGUUUCAAUUGGAAAUUAAUUAAACGUUGGCCAGAGAAAGAAUUUUGUCGUGAAAAUUUUCGUUUAACAUCACGUAUUCGUGCUAAUCAUAUUAUGAUAGCGUUGAAUAUAUGUGGUCUUAAUUUUGGUUAUCGUAUAUGUUUAUAUGAUUAUCAUAUGAAAUUACUUCGACGAAUUAAUUCUGAUUCAAACCUUCAUUUAUUAUCAUAUAUGAAUGGAAAUCAAUGGAUGGCAACAGAUUAUAAAGAACGUUUUUAUUUAUUUAAUGAUGAUGAAACAAUAAAAACAGUUAUUGAUCAUAAUGGUAAAGGUGGUUAUAUAAGAAAUAUUGCUCGAUUAGGUUCAAAUUAUAUAGCUGUGAAAUAUCAAAAACAAUUAAUUUGUCGAAAAAUGGCUGAUCUUCCAAAUGGUGGUGAAGUUGCACCACCACUUGUUAGUACAAAAACUGAUGCUGUUGCAAAUGGACCUGUAGGUUCUGCUGGUGUAACUCAAGCUCCAACUUCUACAACAACUGCUGCAGCUACAGUAGCACCAACAAAAAGUAAAAUAGUUGGUGGUGAUCGUCAACAUGAAAUUGCUAGACAAGCUAAAGCUCUUCGUGAUGAACGACGUGCAACGAUCGAUGCUCGACAUGAAUAUCUUUUUGGACGUCUCGCUGAAGCGAUUGGUAUUGAACCAUCACAAGUUGAAGAUCAUAUUUUAGGAGAUGAUAAAUUUGAUUGUAUUGAUGAUUUUUUUCUUGCUGGUGGACGUCGAGUAUUAAUGUUUUAUUAUCAAGAAUCAAAAAAUCCAGAACCAAAUCAACCAGUCUAUGGUCGUUUAGCAAAUACUGGACCAAAAAAACGUGUUAUGAUUAGUACCGGUGAUGAAUCAAUGCAACUCACCGGUGUUCUUUAUUAUUUUGUUCGUCCAAAUCAAACAAAAGCAAUAACACCUACUAAUAUUGUUAAUGAAGUUGUAUUUGGACAAUUAGAUGCAUCGAAUGGAAAAAUGCUUGAAUCUAUUGAUCAAUUAUUAGCAAAUAUGUUAAUUCCACUAUUUCAACAAUAUGAAGAUUGGGGAGCUUUAAAAGCUCGUAGUAAUAUUAAUGUACAAGAUUUUCUUGAUGCUAUGUCUCAAUUUACAGCGACUGUUAAUGGUGCAAGUGAUAAUAUAGCUCAUCAAGUAAAAUUAGCAGCAAGUGAUAAUGAUAGUACACUAUCAACAUUAGCAACACCAAACGAUUACCAAACAAUGGCACAAAAUGGAGAUUUUAUAAAUGAAUGUGAAAAAUUAAUGGAAAAAUGGUGUAAACAAAUUGAAAAAAUUUUAGCUGAAAGUGAACAAAUUCGACGUGAAGCUGAUGAUGUUGGACCAUCUGCUGAAUUAAUUCAUUGGAAACAACGGAUGGCUACAUUUAAUAACUUAUUAGAACAAAUCAAAUCUCCUCGAUGUCGUGCUGUUGUUGGUGUUCUUCAAUCAGCUAAAUCAAAAUCAAUUAAUCGUUGGAGAGAUUUAGACGCUCGAAUAACUGAUGCUGCAAAUGAAGCCAAAGAUAAUGUUCGAUAUUUAUAUACACUUGAUAAAUUUUUUAGUACACUUGAUAAAAAUAAUCCAAAUGCUAUUGCUGAAAAUAUACCUAGUUUAAUGAAUGCUAUUCGAAUGAUACAUAGUAUUUCACAAUAUUAUAAUUCAUCCGAACGAAUGACAUCUUUAUUUGUUAAAAUUACAAAUCAAAUGAUCAAUACAUGUAAACGUUACAUAAAAAACGGUUGUACGCGUCUUUGGGAUAUUCCAAAACAAGAUCUUAUUAAUCGUAUUCAAGAAAGUAAAAAAUUAAAUAUUGAAUAUCAAGCAUAUUUUCACAAAACAAAAGGAAAAUUACAAGAAACAGCAAACGAACGACAAUGGAAUUUUAGUGAAAAUUAUAUCUUUGGUAAAUUCGAUACAUUUUGCAAACGUCUUGAUCGUAUUGUUGAUGUUUUAAAUACAAUUGAAAGUUUAAGUGGUUUACAAAAUAUACGUGUUGAAGGUCUAGAACCAAUUGUUGUUAAAUAUCGAUCAGUUGUUGAUGCAAUUAAAAAGAAAUCAUAUGAUUUACUCGAUCAUCGAAAGCCGGAUUUUGAUAAUGAUUAUAAUGAAUUUAAAUCACAAAUUGAAUAUAUUCAAUCUCAAUUACAAUUAUUUAUUGAUUCAUGGUUUCGAAAAUCAUAUACAGUUGAACAAUCUUUAUUGUUUCUUAAUAAAUUUCAAGAUUUAGAAGGUGUUAAAAUUGAUUUUGGUGAUAAACUUAGUAAAUUAUUACAAAAUUAUAGUAAAGAACUUGAUAGUGUACGUAAAAUUUAUGAAAAAAAUAAAGAAGAUCCACCAUUAUCACGUAAUUUACCACCAACAGCUGGUCGAAUUAUAUGGGCAAGACAAUUAUAUCAACGUAUAAGUAUACCAAUUAAAUUAUUACAAGAUAAAAUGGAUUUAAGUAAAACUGAUGAUGGAAGAUUAUUAAUAAAAAAUUUUAAUAAAAUAGCUGAAGCAUUACUUCAAUAUGAAGUUUUGUUUUAUCGUAAUUGGGAACGUAGUAUUGAUUUAAUUAAGAAAGGUAUGGAAGCAACUAUUUAUAUUCGAAAUCCAGAAACAAAAGAAGAAUAUGUUAAUUUUGAUCCACAAGUAUUGGAAUUAAUUAAGGAUGCACAAUAUUUAUCAAAAUUAGGUUUAGAUAUACCAGAAACUGCAACAACAUUACUUCGACAAGAAGAACAAAUACGACAAACAAGUGUUAAUUUACAAGAAUUACUUAACGAUAUUAAACAUGCAUAUGCAUUGAUUCCAAAAGAUAUGUCACAAUUAUUUAAACCACAUCGUGAAAAAGUCGAAGAAGCAUUACGACCUGGUUUUGUUGCUAUUACAUGGUCUUCAUUGACUAUUGAAGAAUAUAUAAACAAUGUUCGACAAGAACUUGAACAAUUACGUAUUCUUAUUAAUGAUUGUACUGAUAUUUUACAGUGUCGUAUUGAAAAUUCUUUACAAACAAUAGCUGAAACACAAUUAUGUGAACCACAACCAGAACCAAUAACACUUGAUGAAUUUUCUAAAUUAACAGAUGAAUCAUGUCAACAUGCCAUUAGUUCAAUAACAAAACAAACAUUAUUAUGUGAAAAAGCUGUUCAUUAUUUACUUGAAAUACUUAAAAAACGUCUUAAACCACAUGAACAAACACAAAUAAAAGAAACUGACAGUGAAUAUUAUGAUUGUGCACUUAAAUCAGCUAUGAAUACAAAAGGACAUGUUACACGUUGUAAUGAUUGUCAACCAUGUGCAUAUUUUAAUUUUUUAACCGUAUAUUGGAAUAAAAAUAUUGAUGCUAUUGUGCAAUGUACACGAAGUUCAUUAGAAACAAUACGUAAACGUUUACAACAACCAAUACGUUAUGUUGGUGAAGAAGUUAUACGUGAACAAGUACGCAAUCCAUUAUUUCGUACAGAUAUUGUUUUAUCAAUACCAAAUGUACUUGUUAAACCAAGUUUAGAUGAUAUGCAAUCACAAUUAAAUAAAUCAGCAAAUACAAUGCUUAAAAUUGGACAAGAUAUACCAGAAUGGUUUCAUGCAAAGAAAUUACGAGAAAUAACUAUUAAAGAAAUUGAAAAACAAGCUUUAGAUGAAGGUGAAGAUGUUAAAUUAGCUGUACAAGCUAAAGCACCAAAACCAUUACAUAAGGUCAUUGCAGAAAAUAAUGAUGUUAAAAAAGUUGUCUUAUCACUUAAUUCAGCUAUAAGUACAUUUAAACCUGAUGUUCAAGAAAUGAUGAAAAAUUUUACCGGGUUUGCUGAAUUAUGGGAAAAAGAACCAGAACCAACUGUAAAAGCAUUUAUGGAAUCAAAACCAUUAAUGGUUGAUUUUGAAGCAUUAUUUAAACAUUAUCGUCGAAUGGAAACUGAUAUUGAUGAAUUUCCUCCCUUAUUUCAAGUUGGUUCAAUAGUAUUUUAUACUGAACAUUUAAAACGUGGCUUAAAAACAGAAAUUAAUAAUUGGAAAAUGGCAUAUGCUAAAGCUUUAAAUGAAAAAGCAUCACAAGAUAUGCAAAUGGUUUUCGAUAGAAUUGAUGAUAUACAAAAACGUUUAACACGUCCAUGCAAAGAUUUAGAUGAUGUUCGUACACAUAUGGGUGCAUUAGCUGAAAUACGUCAAAAUGAAAUUUUAAUUGAUCAAACAAUAACACCAGUUGAAGAAACUUAUGCUAUGUUAAAUAAAUAUGAAAUUGCAUUUAAUGAUGGUAAACCUGAACUUGUUGAUACAUUACAAUAUGCAUGGAAAAAAUGUUUACAACAAGGAAAAGAAGUACAAGCUCAUUUACUUGAUAUUCAACCAGUAUUUAAACAAAAUCUUCUGGAUAAUGUUACAACAUUUCAACAAGAUUUUAUUACAUUUGUUGAUGAUUAUAAUAAAAAAGGACCUAUGGUUCAAGGUACACCACCACGUGAAGCUAGUGAUCGUUUAACAAUCUUUCAAGCAAAAUUUGAUGAAUUAUGGAGAAAAUUUGAAACAUAUAGUGCUGGUGAAGAUUUAUUUGGUUUAUCAAUAACGGAGUAUCCAGAUUUACAACGAAUUAAACGAGAAUUAGGCUUAUUACAAAAACUUUAUGGUUUAUAUAAUAUUGUUAUUGAUACAAUCAAUGGAUAUUAUGAUAUAGCUUGGGUUGAUGUUGAUAUUGAAAAAAUCAAUAAUGAUUUAUUAGAUUUUCAAAAUCGUUGUCGAAAAUUACCAAAAGGUUUGAAAGAAUAUGAUGCUUUUGAAGAAUUAAAAAAGACAAUUGAUGAUUUUAAUGAAACCUGUCCAUUACUUGAAAUGAUGGCUAAUAAAUCAAUGAAACCACGUCAUUGGGAACGUAUUGCUAAUGUUACUGGACAUAAAUUUGAUAUUGAAUCCGAUAAUUUUCUUUUACGAGAUAUAAUGACUGCACCAUUACUUAAAUAUAAAGAAGAUAUUGAAGAUAUUUGUAUAUCAGCUAUUAAAGAAAAAGAUAUUGAAGCUAAACUUAAUCAAGUUGUUAAUGAUUGGGGAAAUCAAAAUUUUCAAUUUAGUACAUUUAAAACUCGUGGUGAACUUCUAUUAAAAGGUGAUGCUACUGGUGAAAUAAUUGCACUUAUGGAAGAUUCAUUAAUGAUUCUUGGUUCAUUAAUGUCUAAUCGUUAUAAUGCACCAUUUAAAAAGAAAAUUCAAGAAUGGGUACAAAAAUUAACAUCAACAACUGAAAUUAUUGAAAAAUGGAUGUCUGUACAAAAUCUUUGGAUUUAUUUAGAAGCUGUUUUUGUUGGUGGUGAUAUAGCUAAACAAUUACCAGCUGAAGCUAAACGUUUUGGAAAUAUUGAUAAAUCAUGGCAAAAAAUCAUGCAACGUGCACAUGAAAAUUUAAAUGUUGUUAGUUGUUGUACAGCUGAUGAUACAUUAGCACAAUUAUUACCACAUUUAUUUGAACAACUUGAAUUAUGUCAAAAAUCUUUAACGGGUUAUCUUGAAAAGAAACGUUUAGUAUUUCCAAGAUUUUUCUUUGUUUCUGAUCCAGCUCUAUUAGAAAUUCUUGGUCAAGCUAGUGAUUCACAUACAAUUCAAAAUCAUUUAUUAAGUGUUUUUGAUAAUACUAAAACAGUUACAUUUGAUGAAAAAGUUUAUGAUAAAAUUCUUGAAAUUAAUUCACAAGAAGGUGAAAUGGUACCAUUAAAAGAACCAGUUAUGGCUCAGGGUAAUGUUGAAGUAUGGCUUGGUGAUUUAUUAAAAAUGUCACGUGCUUCAUUACAUAAAAUUAUUCGUGAUGGUGCUAUUGCUAUUCAAGAUCCAUCGUUUAAUUUACUUGAUUUUCUCAGUAGUUUUCCAGCUCAAGUUGGUUUACUUGGUCUUCAAAUGUUAUGGACACGUGAUGCCGAAAUAGCUUUAAAUAAUACAAAGAUAGAUAAAAAAAUAAUGACAGAUACAGCAAAGAAAUUUCUUGAUAUUCUUAAUGCAUUAAUUAAUAAAACAACAGAAGAUUUAUCAAAAUUAGAUCGAGUUAAAAUUGAAACAUUAAUCACAAUUCAUGUACAUCAAAAAGAUAUUUUUGAUGAACUUGUUGCAAAUAAAACUCGAUCACCAGCUGAAUUUGAUUGGCUUAAACAAUGUCGAUUUUAUUUUGACGAAGAUGCUGAUAUAUGUCGUAUAUCAAUAACUGACGUUGAUUUUAAAUAUAUGAAUGAAUAUUUGGGUUGUACUGAUCGACUUGUCAUUACACCAUUAACUGAUCGAUGUUAUAUCACAUUAGCACAAGCAUUACAUAUGUCAUUAGGUGGUGCACCUGCAGGACCUGCCGGAACAGGAAAAACAGAAACAACAAAAGAUAUGGGUCGUUGUCUUGGAAAAUUUGUUGUUGUAUUUAAUUGUUCCGAUCAAAUGGAUUAUCGUGGUCUUGGACGUAUUUACAAAGGUUUAGCUCAAUCAGGUUCAUGGGGUUGUUUUGAUGAAUUCAAUCGUAUUGAAUUACCUGUACUUUCUGUCGCUGCUCAACAAAUUGAUAUCGUUUUACGAUGUAAAAAAGAAAAGAAAUCAACAUUUAUUUUUACAGAUGGAGAUACUGUUGAUAUGGAUACUGAAUUUGGUCUCUUUCUUACAAUGAAUCCUGGUUAUGCCGGUCGACAAGAAUUACCUGAAAAUUUGAAAAUUAAUUUCCGUACAGUUGCUAUGAUGGUUCCUGAUCGUGCUAUUAUUAUGCGUGUCAAAUUAGCUAGUUGUGGUUUUCUUCAAAAUGUUAAAUUAUCAAAGAAAUUUUAUACAUUAUAUAAACUAUGCGAAGAACAAUUAACAAAACAAGUACAUUAUGAUUUUGGUUUAAGAAAUAUUUUAUCGGUUUUACGUACACUUGGUGCAUUUAAACGUGAAAAUCCAACGGAUUCAGAAGAAAAAACAAUGAUGAGAAUUUUACGUGAUAUGAAUCUUUCAAAAUUGAUUGAUGAAGAUGAACCAUUAUUUAUGUCUUUAAUCGAUGAUUUAUUUCCUGGUAUACAACUUGAAACAAAAGGUUAUCCAGAAAUUGAAGCAGCUAUUAAAACACAAACUGAUCAAGCACAAUUAGUUCAUCAUCCACCAUGGGUAUUAAAAUUAAUUCAACUUUAUGAAACACAACGUGUACGUCAUGGUAUGAUGACAUUAGGACCUAGUGGUGCUGGAAAAACAAAAUGUAUCAAUGUUUUAAUGAAAGCUAUGACUGAAUGUGGUGCGCCACAUCGUGAAAUGCGUAUGAAUCCAAAAGCUAUAACAGCUCCACAAAUGUUUGGUCGAUUAGAUGUAGCAACUAAUGAUUGGACUGAUGGAAUAUUUUCAACAUUAUGGCGUCGAACAUUAAAAACGAAAAAAGGUGAUCAUGUUUGGUUAAUUCUUGAUGGACCUGUUGAUGCUAUUUGGAUUGAAAAUUUAAAUUCUGUACUAGAUGAUAAUAAAACUUUAACAUUAGCUAAUGGUGAUCGAAUUCCAAUGGCACCAAAUUGUAAAAUUAUAUUCGAAGUACAUAAUAUUGAUAAUGCUUCACCGGCUACUGUCAGUCGAAAUGGUAUGGUCUUCAUGUCAGCAUCAGUUAUGAAUUGGGAACCUAUUGUAAAAGGAUGGUUACUUAAACGUAAUGCAAGUGAAACUGAUGUUUUACUUAAUCUUUAUACAAGAUCAUUUCCAGAUGCUUUAACUUAUGUUCUUCAAUCACUUGAACCAAAAAUGCCAUUACUCGAAUGCAUGUAUACAAAACAAUCACUUGAUUUAUUACAAGGUUUAAUUAAUAAAGAUAAAGCUCCAGCACCAGAUGUUCUUGGUCGUCUUUAUGUAUUUGCAUUAAUGUGGUCUGUUGGUGCUUUACUUGAAUUAUUUGAUCGAAAGAAACUAGAAGAUUUUCUUGUUGAAAAAAAAAUUCUUGAUUUACCACCAACAAAAGGUGAAGAAACAAUUUUUGAAUAUGUUGUUAAUAUUGAAACAGGUCAAUGGCAACAUUGGAGUAAUCGUGUACCUGAAUAUAUUUAUCCAAAAGAUUCAAUACCUGAAUAUUCAUCAAUUCUUGUACCUAAUGUUGAUAAUGUUCGAACUGACUUUUUGAUUGAUACAAUUGCUAAACAAGAAAAAUCUGUUUUAUUAAUUGGUGAACAAGGUACUGCUAAAACAGUUAUGGUUAAAGGUUAUUGUUCAAAAUAUGAUCCUGAAGCUCAAUCAUUUAAAAGUGUCAAUUUUUCAAGCGCAACUACAGCAACAAUGGUUCAACGAACAAUUGAAAGUUAUGUUGAUAAACGUGUUGGUACAACAUAUGGACCACCUGGAGGAAAGAAAAUGACAAUCUUUAUUGAUGAUAUUAAUAUGCCGAUUAUAAAUGAAUGGGGUGAUCAAGUUACAAAUGAAAUUACACGACAACUUAUGGAACAAAAUGGAUUUUAUAAUCUUGAAAAACCAGGUGAAUUUACAAAUAUUGUUGAUAUACAAUUUAUUGCUGCUAUGAUUCAACCUGGUGGUGGUAGAAAUGAUAUACCACAACGAUUAAAAAGACAAUUUUGUAUAUUUAAUUGUACAUUACCAUCAAAUGCUUCAAUUGAUAAAGUUUUUAGUACUGUUGGACUUGGUUAUUUUUGUAAAGAACGUGGUUUUAGUCAAGAUGUUAUUAAUGUUAUUGAAAAACUUGUACCAGCAACAAGAAAAUUAUGGCAAAAAACUAAAGUUAAAAUGUUACCAACACCAGCUCGAUUUCAUUAUGUUUUUAAUUUACGUGAUCUUUCACGUAUUUGGCAGGGAAUGCUUAAUGUAACAUCCGAAGUAGCUGGAAAUAAAAUUGAUGUUGCAAUGUCAUUAUGGAAACAUGAAUGUUAUCGUGUUAUUGCUGAUCGCUUUGUUGCACAAGAAGAUAAAGAUUGGUUUGAAAAAACACUUAAAUUAGUUGCAGAUGAAGAAUGUGGACAACAAGCAUCUUCUACAAUGCAAGCUGAACCAUAUUUUGUUGAUUUUCUUCGUGAUGCACCUGAAGCUACAGGUGAAGAAGGUGAAGAAGCUGAUCUAGAAGCACCAAAAAUUUAUGAUCCUAUUCUAUCAUAUGAUUCACUUCGUGAAAAACUUCAAUUUUAUCAACAACAAUAUAAUGAACAAAUCAAAGGUGGUAAAAUGGAUUUAGUCUUUUUUAAAGAUGCUAUGACACAUUUAAUUAAAAUAUCUCGUAUUAUACGAACACCAUGUGGUUGUGCAUUAUUAGUUGGUGUUGGUGGUAGUGGAAAACAAUCACUUACUCGAUUAGCAUCAUUUAUUGCUGGCUAUCAAACAUUUCAAAUAACAUUAACAAGAUCAUAUAAUGUAACAAAUUUAAUGGAAGAUUUAAAAAAUUUAUAUCGUACUGCUGGACAAAAAGGCAAAGGUGUUACAUUUUUAUUUACAGAUAAUGAAAUUAAAGAUGAAGCUUUUCUUGAAUAUAUGAAUAAUGUUUUAGCAUCAGGUGAAGUUUCAAAUUUAUUUGCACGUGAUGAAAUCGAUGAAAUCUUAGGUGAAUUAACAGGUGUUAUGAAACGUGAAUUUCCUAAACGUGCACCAACAAAUGAAAAUUUAUAUGAUUAUUUUUUAACACGUGUACGAAAUAAUUUACAUGUUGUUUUAUGUUUUUCACCUGUUGGAGAAAAAUUUCGUAGUCGUUCAUUAAAAUUUCCAGCUUUAAUAUCAGGUUGUACAAUGGAUUGGUUUCAACGUUGGCCAAAAGAUGCUUUAAUUGCUGUAUCAAAACAUUUUAUUAGUAAUUUUGAUAUUGCAUGUACACAACAAGUUAAACAAGAAUUAGUUAUGAUGAUGGGUGAAAUACAAGAUCAAGUUGCCGAAGCAUGUGUAGAUUAUUUUAAUCGAUUUCGUCGUCAAACACAUGUUACACCAAAAUCAUAUCUAUCAUUUUUAGCUGGUUAUAAAACAAUUUAUGCAGAAAAACGUAAAGAUAUUGGUAAAUUAGCUGAACGUAUGAAUACUGGUUUGAAAAAACUUAUAUCAGCUGCUGAAGAAGUACGUGAAUUAGCAAAAGAAUUAGAAGGAAAAGAAAAAGAAUUAGUUGUUGCUAAUCAAAACGCUGAUCUUGUUAUGCUAGAUGUCAAUGUUAAAAAAUCAGCUGCAACAAAAGUUGCUGAACAAGUACAACGUGUCGCUGAUUCAUGUAAAGAACUUGUUGAUCAAAUAUCGGCUGAUAAAGCUAUUGCUGAAGCUAAACUUGAAGUAGCACGACCAGCUUUAGAAGAAGCUGAAGCAGCAUUAAAAACAAUUAAACAAGCGGAUAUUGCUACAGUUAAAAAAUUAGGUCGACCACCACAUUUAAUUAUGCGUAUUAUGGAUUGUGCUGUAAUUUUAUUUCAACGACCAAUGGAACCUAUUAGUAUGGAUCCUGAAAAACCAUGUCCAAAACCAUCAUGGGGUGAAUCACUUAAAUUAAUGGGUGGAAGUGAUUUCUUAAAUACACUUAUGAAUUUUCCAAAAGAUACAAUUAAUGCUGAAACAGUCGAAUUAUUACAGCCAUAUUUACUUAUGGAAGAUUUUAAUUUAGAAACAGCUAAACGUGUAUCAGGCAAUGUAGCUGGCCUUUGUUCAUGGGCUAUAGCUAUGGCAUAUUUCUAUGGCAUUAACAGAGAAGUAUUACCAUUAAAAGCUAACUUAGCUGUUCAAGAAAGUCGUCUUCAACAAGCUACUGGAAAUUAUAAUGACGCACAAGCUCAAUUAGCAGCUAAAAUGGCUGAAGUAGCGGUUGUACAAGCUGAAUUCGAUAAAGCAAAUGCUAUUAAACAAGCUUUACUUGCUGAUGCUGAAGCAUGUCGAAGAAAAAUGCACAAUGCUUCAGCUUUAAUUGAUGGCCUUUCAGGUGAACGUAUACGCUGGACAGAAGCAUCAAAAGGUUUUGAAGCUCAAACAAAUCGAUUAGUUGGUGAUGUUCUUUUAGCUACCGGUUUUCUUUCAUAUACUGGCCCAUUCAAUCAAGAAUUUCGGACAUUACUUAUAAAACAAUGGCGUUCAGAUAUGACGAAACGUAAAGUUCCAUAUUCUGAUGAUUUAAAUAUUGUUUCAUUUCUUGUUGAUAAUGCAACAAUUAGUGAAUGGAAUCUUCAAGGUCUUCCAAAUGAUGAAUUAUCUAUUCAAAAUGGUUUAAUUGUCACAUCAGCAGCUCGUUUUCCACUUUUAAUUGAUCCUCAAGGUCAAGGCAAAGCAUGGAUUCGACAAAAAGAAUCAACUAAUGAUUUACAAAUUACAACACUUAAUCAUAAAUAUUUUCGUACACAUUUAGAAGAUGCAUUAUCACUUGGUAGACCAUUAAUGAUUGAAGAUGUUGGUGAUGAACUUGAUCCAGCAUUAGAUAAUGUUUUAGAAAAAAAUUUUAUUAAAUCUGGUUCAACACUUAAAGUUAAAGUUGGAGAUAAAGAAUGUGAUGUUUUAACAGGUUUUAAACUAUAUAUAACAACAAAAUUAGCUAAUCCAUCUUAUACACCUGAAAUAUAUGCUAAAACAUCAAUUAUUGAUUUUACUGUAACAAUGAAAGGAUUAGAAGAUCAAUUAUUAGGUAUUGUUAUUCAAAAAGAAAAAGCGGAACUUGAAGCUGAACGUGUACGUUUACUUGAAGAAGUCACAUCUAAUAAACGUCGUACAAAAGAAUUAGAAGAUAAUUUACUCUAUCGUUUAACAUCAACUGAAGGAUCGUUAGUUGAAGAUGAAUCACUUAUUCAAGUAUUAGCUGAUACAAAAGCAACAUCAAAAGAAGUUAAUGAAAAAUUAACAAUUGCUGCUGAAACUGAAAUUAAAAUUAAUGCAGCUCGUGAAGAAUUUCGUCCUGUAGCAACACGUGGUUCAAUUGUUUAUUUUCUUAUUGUUGAAAUGUCAAUGGUUAAUGUUAUGUAUCAAACAUCAUUAAAACAAUUCUUAGGUCUAUUCGAAAUUGGCCGACAAAAAGCACAAGCAUCACCAAUAACAGUUAAACGUAUUCAAAAUAUCAUUGACUCUUUAACAUAUGAAGUAUGGAAAUAUUCAUCACGUGGUUUAUAUGAACGUGAUAAAACUCUUUAUACACUUUUAUUAGCACUUAAAAUUGAUAUGCAAAAAGGAAAUGUAAAACCAUCUGAAUUUCAAGUAUUAAUUAAAGGUGGUGCUGCUUUAGAUAUGAAUGCAGUUGAGCCUCGACCUGAUAAAAUGAAAAAAUGGUUAACUGAUAUGACAUGGUUAAAUUUAGUUGAACUUUCUAAAUUAGCACAUUUUUCACAAGUAUUAAGACAAGUUGUUAGUAAUGAUAAAGUAUGGUAUAAUUGGUAUUUAUCUGAUGCACCUGAAGAAGUUACUUUUCCUGAAUCAUAUUCAACUAGUUUAGAUACAUUUAAAAAAUUAUUAUUAGUUCGUUCAUUUGCACCUGAUCGUACAUUACCUAUGGCAAAGAAAUAUAUUGGAGAAUCUUUAGGUGUUCAAUAUGCUGAAGGUUAUAUUUUAAAUUUAGAAGCUAUGUGGCAAGAAUCUGAUAAACGAACACCACUUGUUUGUUUUCUAUCAAUGGGUUCAGAUCCAACAGAUAAUAUUUUAAGUUUAGCUAAAAAACAAAAUAUUCCUUGUGGUACAAUAUCAAUGGGUCAAGGACAAGAAGUACAUGCUCGACGUUUACUUCAACAAAGUCAACAAGAAGGUCGAUGGAUAUUAUUACAAAAUUGUCAUUUAGGUUUAGGUUUUCUUGAAGAAAUGUUAGAAACAGUCAUGCAAACUGAACAAGUACAUGAAGCUUUUCGUUGUUGGUUAACGACUGAACCACAUCCACAAUUUUCUAUUAAUGUAUUACAAUCAUCAAUUAAAUAUACAUUUGAACCACCACAAGGUGUUAAAGCUGGUUUAAAACGUACAUUUGCUGGUCUUACACAGGAAGUAGUCGAUGCUAGUAACUUUGUUGAAUGGAAAAUCAUAUUAUAUGCUGUUGCUUUUCUUCAUACAACUGUUCAAGAACGUCGUAAAUUUGGUCCGCUUGGAUGGAAUAUUCCAUAUGAAUUUAAUCAAUCAGAUUUUUCAGCUACAGUUCAAUUUAUUCAAAAUCAUAUGGAUGAAAUGGGUUCAAAAUGGAAUGUUUCAUGGCCAACUGUUCGAUAUAUGAUUGGUGAAGUUCAUUAUGGUGGUCGUGUAACAGAUGAUUUUGAUAAACGAUUAUUAAAUACUUAUACACGUGUAUGGUUUCUUGAUAAUAUGUUUACUGAUAAAUUUGAUUUUGCACCUAAUUAUAAAAUUCCACGUUGUAAAACAAUUCAAGAUUUUCGUGGACAUAUUGAAACAAUGAGUUUAUUUGAUAGUCCAAAUGUUUUUGGUCUUCAUCCAAAUGCUGAUAUAACAUAUCAAACAAAUACAGCUGAUUCAAUUUUAGCUACAAUUGUUAAUAUUCAACCAAAAGAUGCUGGUGCUGGUGGUGGUGAAACACGUGAAGCAGCUGUUUAUCGACAAUGUGAUGAUAUGUUAAGUAAAUUACCUGAAGAUUAUAUUCCACAUGAAGUUCGUGCUGCACUACAAAAACAAGGUACAUUACAACCAUUAAAUAUAUUUUUAAAACAAGAAGUUGAUCGUAUGCAACGUGUUAUAGCAGUUGUACGUAAUACAUUAAAAGAUUUAAAAUUAGCUAUUGAUGGUACAAUUAUAAUGAAUGAAAAUUUAAAAGAUGCACUUGAUAAUAUAUUUGAUGCACGUGUACCAGCAACAUGGAGAAAAGUAUCAUGGGAUUCAGCAACAUUAGGUUUUUGGUUUAGUGAUUUAUUAGAUCGAAAUCAACAAUUUUUUACAUGGGUAUUUAGUGGACGACCAAAUUGUUUUUGGCUUACUGGAUUUUUUAAUCCACAAGGUUUUCUAACGGCUAUGCGUCAAGAAAUAACACGUAAUCAUAAAGGUUGGUCAUUAGAUAAUGUUGUUCUGGCUAAUGAUGUAUUAAAAAUGAUAACAAAAGAAGAAGUAACACAACCACCACCUGAAGGUGUUUACGUCUAUGGAUUAAAAAUUGAUGGUGCUGCAUGGCGUAUGUCACGUGAAAAAGGUGGACAUUUAUCUGAUCCACCUCCAAAACAACUUUAUUCUGAUUUACCAGUUGUACACGUUUAUGCUACAAAUGAACCAAAACCAUUGGGUAAUGCUUUUUAUGUUUGUCCAGUAUAUAAGAAACCACGACGUACUGAUUUAACUUAUAUAUUUUCAUUAUCAUUAAGAAUAAAUAAUAACAAUCCAGAUUUUUGGUGUUUACGUGGUGUUGCUCUUCUUUGCGAUACAAAAUAA